AUGCAUGAGGAAACUGCGACAGCUGGAUCCAGCGGAUGUGUGCCAACAGCAUCUUUGGAUUCGGCGCCAGACAAUGAGAAGCAAGAGCUGCCUCCAGAGACGCUUGCGCGACCGUCUGGCAUACAGCCCUUUUCGAAAUCCAGUGCUCGAAGGCCAACUGUGCCACCACGCUGGGGACCAGCCACUGGUGAUAGUUCCCCGCCCGAGGCUUCAGGCCCUUCGGGCGUGAAUGUCUGGGAUGCCUGGCCCAACUCUGGGCAUGCAGCGAUGUUUGAGGAUCCGGCUUGCCAGAGCUUUUCGAACAUGUCGUACGGGGACUAUGACUACACAAGUUGGAGCCAACGGUGGCACAAUAGCUUUCAAGGUUGGCACGCCUGGCCAUGGGCAUCCACAGGUUCAGCUCCUCGCCUGCCCGACGGACCGCCCGCGGCUCCCGGACCCGGGCCAGAACAGGAAGUGCAGCGGCGAAAGAUGGAAGACCAACAGCGGGAGAAGGCCAUUGCUGAUACCAUUGAGGGUGAUGUGCUUGCAGGCUUGAAGAUGCUAUUGGAAGCCUCUACGAAUGGUGGCGCAAGCCCGAGUCCUGAGUUGGUGGUCAUGCUUAUGGAAAAAGCCGCCGUGCAGGGACCAAUCGCACUUGUGGAAGUCGUCGAGGCGUUAUUUGGCGCUCAGUCGAUAAAGGUGGCACUCGACAUACCCACCUACACAGGAAUGCUCCGGAGGUUGGUCCUGGAUCCAUCCUGCUACCGACCAGCAGCCGUGAGACUUUUGCUGAACGUCGCCUUGAGCAAGGAGAGCGCCGCGGUACCACUGGCACCUGGCCUUCUCACGGAUGCCGAGACCGUCAUCUUUGAACGCAAUGUGCAGGAGAAAGAUCAGAAUGAGAACCCGAAGAACGAAGAGGACAAAGAUGAUGAAUUGGAGGACAUAGAUGAAGUCGGGAAGGAAUGGCCAGAAGAGAUUAUUUUCAGGGGCUGUGUUUGUUGGCCAGAGCUGAAUGGAGUUUUUAAGCGCACGCGGGACUUUGAUCAUGUAAGCCAGCACCAUCGGCCGACGUAUGAGAAAAGGCUACGGGCAGCAUCGGCAGAAACCAGACUAUUAUGUUUCUUUUGGCAAUACUGUGGCGAUGACGAGAAUGCAGAAGAUGAUGCCCAAGACACGGGUGCAGCGUCCAAAAAGAAGCGACGCCGACCGGCUCCUGUUGAAAGUGGUUGGUGGCUGGGCAGCCAGAUGGGUGGCAAGAGUUUGGUUGGCAUGUGCAAGGACAGCUGCGAGCUGCCGCCAGGGGCAGGCUGGCAGCUGAAACCAGUUGGCCACAAAUCGUUUGAGGUGGAUCCCGGUGGAUUUGUUGACCAGGAACGGCUCGGGAUCGAGGCAUUGCAGCGGCUUGAUUUGUGCAGCUUACAGGGACACGUCGUCUCACCCCAAGGAGACCACUGUGCGCGAUAUUUUGGUCACUUCUGUUCUUUGUUGCAUUUAGAAUACCUUCAAGAGGUAGCUACUCUACGGCGCCGCGCUUCGAGACGUUCUGGGGAAGACUUGGAACGAGGUGGUUGGGCAUUGACUGGCCUGCGUGUUCGUGACGUGUUUGAGCGGCAAGCAAAGGGGAAAGGAAAGUCUGCAGGAAAGGGAAAGACUGCUGGUUUCCAAUUGUCGCUUUGGCUGCCGCCCAAUACUGACAUUGACAGGCUGCGAUUCCGGAAGGGUGACAGCAUUAUUCUUUCAACAACACAUCCGCUCCAAGACAGGUUUGCAGAAGGGCAGCUCCAGGAUUUGACGGAGAAGUGGGCAUUGUUAUCUUUCGACAGUGUGGAGGCACCGAAAGACUGCAAACAACAUCGUUGGCGAGUUGACAAAGGUAGCAAUAGGCUAAGCUACGCUAGGCAGCUGGAUUCCCUGGUGUCUUUGUGCACGGGAUUUGUUGACGGUGCCCGCGUGAGUGAGGACUGCUCCAAGAUUUUUGAGAUCAUCAAUGCUGGAAAGGUUGGCCAGGCGGACUAUUGGGCUUCGCGUGUAUGCAACAACCAGAAAGGGCAGAACACGAAUGAUGCCACAACUGCAGAAAUCACGGAGCAGCGCCCAGCCAUGGAAGCUGUGAAUGCGGAAGGCAGACAAGGCGAACAAGGCGAACAAGGCGAGCACACGAAGAAACAGGUAUCCGAUCUGGACGUGGCAGCAGAGUUUGACCUCAAGCCCGGAGAUGUUGUUACGCUACAUGGGCUGCAGUCUGAGGCACUCAACAAUCAACAAGGCGAAGUCGUGUGUGUGAAUGGAAGCAUCCAGCACGCAAGUGGGCAUAUGGACGAGAGCCACGAGCCGCGGAUCAAUGUGCAGCUUGAUGGUUCUAUCAAAGCCAUACGCCUUUCCAACGUGCAGAAGGUAGAUGCCAAAUCCAAGGAAACUCACUCGCAGACAAGCGGUGUUGCUGCCCUAGCUGCCGAGGAGAUGGUGUGUGAUCCAGGGGUGAUGGCAAGGUGUGUUGACAACAUGGCGGCUGCUUGCACAGACUCCCAACAGCGGGCCGUGGCUGCAUCUUGCAAAAGGCGCCUCACCGUCAUCCAAGGCCCUCCGGGCACAGGCAAGACAGCCACAGCUGUGCAGAUUCUGCGCUCCUGGGCGAUGUUGGGCUUGAAGCCUCUGCUGGCUGUGGCCGAUGGCAACAUAGCCGUUGACAACAUCGCGGCUGGACUCGCAAAGCAGGGUGUAGAUGUGAAAACGCUUCGCGUCGGUCGGCCGGAGAAGGUCCGACCUGAAUUGGAAGAUAUAACGCUGGACAACCAGCUUCGGCGCAUGAAGCAGCACAAGAAGGAGCAACAAGAAGCCGAAGAGCGAGCAACUGCAGUAUCGGCUUUGGAGCAGAUGACGCUUCGAGAUCUCAAGAACAAGGCAGCAGAUCUCAAUGCGAGUAUUGGGUGCAGCAGCCUUGAGGCGAAAGACGAACUGCAGAAGUCUGGGGAAGCUUCAGGAGGGGCGAACAUGCCAGCAGCGAGCGUGCUAGAUCUUGUGUUGGAAUCCAUCAGAAGCGCAGAGGCUGCCAAAGCUGAUGCGGCUGUGGCAGCAAGCCUGGAAGCACGAACUGAAGCAGAAGUCCAACAUCAAGAGCGACAGAAGCGAGUUCAGAUGAGGAGGGAAGAGGCAGAGAUGCAACUCGAGGCACUUCGCGGGGCAGAUGUGCUUUGUGCACAGCUAAUUACCGCAGGAGGCGGCCUGCUUGCAAAGCUUGGCCCUUUCAAAGGAAUCCUUAUUGAUGAAAUCGCACAAGCUACAGAAAUCGUGUCCAUCGUUCCCAUUGUUCAGCGGCGUUGCGAACGUGUCGUGCUGGCAGGGGACCACUGCCAGCUUCCACCGACGGUCCAAUCUCAGGAGGCAGAGCGCAGAGGACUGACCCUGUCCCUGUAUGGGCGAUUGGUGCAGGAGGGGCUAGAGCCAUACUUCUUGGACACACAGUUUCGUUCCCACCCCAAGCUCGUCGAGUGGGUUGCCGGCGCUAUAUAUCAAGGGCGGCUGAAGAGUGGCAUACCUGCCACUGCCCGUCCUCCAAUCAAAGGCUUUGACUGGCCGAGGAAGAAGGUGCCUGUGGCAUUCGUUGAGAUGGGGCGAUCAGCACGCGAGACCCAUGAGAACGAGUCCAAGAUGAAUGUGUUCGAAGCAGAGAAAGUCGUCCACAUCAUUGAGUCGGUGCUCGAUGCUGGCUGCACGGCUGAGGAGUUGGGCGUGGUGACCCCGUACAUGGCGCAGGUCAGGCUUCUGAGGACUUCAUGGAGGAACCGCUGCAAGGAGAGGGGCAUGAAGUGGAAUACGUCGAAGAACUCGAGAACGCUCGAGAUUGCCAGCGUCGACAACUUCCAGGGUCGCGAGAAGGAAUUGAUCGUCUUCUCUGCCGUGAGGAAUAAUGCUGCUGGGCGUGUGGGCUUCCUUGCGGAUUGGCGACGCCUGAAUGUCAUGCUGACUCGCGCCCGAAGAGGUCUGGUGGUUGUCGGCCACGGCAUCACCUUGCAGAAGGAUCCAUACUGGUUGCAAUGGCUCGAGUGGUGCAAACAUCACCAUGUGCUUGUGGACAAGCAGGCCUGGCACGACAUCGUUCGAGCUGCAAAGCGGAUUGCGAGCCCACAUGUUAAAUCGCUGUUGCACCACCUCUUCGAAUUUGAGCAGGCGCCUCAAACAGAAAAAGCAUUCCACAAGUUCGUCAAGGAGCAUCUUGGCGACCGCCUUGAGGGGCCGGACGAUGUGGAGAUGAUGUGGCAGUCAGUGGCGCAAGCACGACAAGAGGCAGUUGCUGCUGCGGAGCGUCGCUCCACUGAGGAGGAGGUGGCGAACAUGCUGACUGAAGUCGCAACUGCCAAGCUAGCCGACAUUCCAAAGCUGACUUGCAAGGAUGUCGGAGAUCCAGACCCCAGCCGGCGUAGUCGGUGGCGAAGUUGGAAGUUUGUUGCACAGGAGUUUCUGUGGGCAUCACAUCCUGAGGGUGCUUGGAGAUGGCAAGAACUUAAGGAGAAGAUGCACGCCUACUACCAGGUAUACUUGGACACAUCCAGUCAGACCGAUGGCCGGUCUAAGAAGCAGCUCUUCCGUGAAAUGAGGCAAUCUCUGCCGGAUGAAUGGUUCGUCAAGAACGAGUCCUUGCAGGUGCAGUUAACGCCCUUGGUCCAGCAACAGGCUGCGCGAAUGGUGUGGAAAGCCAACCGUCAAGAUGGCGUAUGUGGUUUCCAAAAGCGAACGCUGCCCUGGACGGCGACGCAAGCACCAAGCAUGGCUGAGAAUGACGCGGACAUGGAACUUGGUGUUCAGUUUUCCAAGAGUCAGGAAUCAGGCACACUGAGCUCGCCUCCAAAGAAGAGGAAGAGGAGCGCUUCCAAAGGUGGAGCCGCGGCUGUGCUUCAAGGAGGGCUGGAACCAAGCGAGAAGGUACCAGCAGUUUCUGAUGCAAAGCCUGAUCAGCCAGCGAAAGAAAGCCAAGCACUCUCGAUGACCUCCAGCAAGGACAAUGUGAAACGACGCAAGAAAGCGAAGCAUGGUUGA